AUGAUUAGUGAUAAUGAUGAAGAUAUUGUUGUUCAUUCUGCAAGUUUUGAUACAAAAUAUAAAAAACAAAAAAUGUCCAAUACAUACAUGUCAAGCUUAGAAUUCUCUCAAUCUGAUGAAUUUAAUUCAACUGAAUACAAUAAUCUAGUUGAUAGUGACAAUAAUGCAUCUAAUGAGUGUUAUAACUUGGCUAAUAGCAAUAAUGAUACUGUAACUGAUAAGGAUAACAAUCUGAUUAAUGAAAAAUCUUCAAAUUUACCAAACAAACCUACUAAUAUAUUAAAUUUACCAAAUCUAAAAGCAAUAAAGUUAGUUUCUAUUACCAAGCAUUCAGGACGAAGUUGGAUUUGGUCAUAUUAUCAGCGUUAUGAACCUGUAUUACCUUAUAGAACAAUUGUAAGUUGUCUAGUUGAAGUUAACAAAAAUCAUAAAAAUGAAUUAUGUGGACAUAUUAUGGGAUCAGUAGAUAGUUCAACAGGAAAUUAUAUCAGGCACUUAGCAACACGACAUGGCAUUACUGAAAGUUCUCAUAAGAAAAAAACAAAAAAACCACAAUCUUCACAACUUAAAAUUGACCAAAUAAUUUAUAGCAAUCCUGAACAUAAGCGACGUAAAGAUCAGAAAUUUGUUGAACUUUUAAUUAAAGAUCAGCAACCAAUAAGUAUUCAAAAUGAUGAAGGCCUCAAAAACUUUAUUGCAGAAUUUGAUCUCUUUAUAUAUAGUGCAAUUAAUACAAUAACUAAUAAUCUUAUACUUACUGAUAAUCUUGAACUACGGGAAGUAAAUUAUAAAGAUGAUAUAAGUGUUUUUGAUGAUACUAAUUUAAAUGAAGAUCAAACAGAUAAUAUCAAGGUAAAAACGGCUCUAUAUAAUGCUAUAAACUAUUAUUGGGAAGUGCCCUUAAAAGAAGGAAUGUUAGCUGCAUUACUCGAUCCUCGAUGUAAAGCAUUAAGUUUUACUUCAGAAUCCUUAAAAUCCAGAACUUACGAUUCAUUACAAGAAGUAUAUAAACAACAUCAAAAUCAAACAAAUAUAUCACAUAUUAAACAACCAUUACCAUCUACAAGUAAAUUAUUGGCCUCUAUAUUUCGAUCAAAUAAUGCUCAAAUAGAUGAAGUUUAUGACUAUAUUGGAAUACCAUAA